AUGGCUUUAUACAACUCUGAAAAGAUAGGUGGCCUCGACAGUUCCUCAUGCAGUCAAUGCAUUAGCUUGCUCAAAAAAUUGGCAGCCCUGGGCCACACAAUUGUCUGCACCAUACAUCAGCCGUCGGCUUUGAUUUUCGAAAUGUUCGAUAAGCUAUAUACCGUGGUGGAGGGCCAUUGUAUGUAUCAGGGACCCGUCAAGGAAUUAAUACCCUUUUUGGCCGAUCAAAAUCUCAUGUGCCCCAGUUAUCACAAUCCAGCAGAUUUUUUACUGGAAGUGGCUGUCGGUGAUUAUGAACGUGAUUUGGAGAAAUUAAUAAAUGCCGCCAAUAAGAAAUAUUUUGAAGAUUCCGAUCUCAAUCAAUUGAAUCGUGUAACACGGCUAAUAAGUCAAAUGCAGGUUGAAAAUGUCGAUAUGUCUCAUCACUUGAGUGGCAGUGGAAAAAAUCUACCCAAAACCUUCAACAUUGACAUGGACACCAGUCUAACAUCGAAGAAGAUGUCGAACUUUCCAGCAUUUGAUGAUUACACGAAACCGGUUGUAAUUAACAAUGACAUGGUCUUGGAGGAAAUGAAAGCCCUUGCGGCCAGCGGUGGCAAUAAAACGAAGUCAUCCGGAGCACCAGAAGAUUGCGGCAUGGAAAUGCCACAUGAAAAACAGCCAUUGAACAAAAACGAAACGACAACAACAACAACCGUCACGACACACACCUUUGAUUCAGAAAACUUUACUAAGGCCUCAUUUUUUAUGCAAUAUCUGCUGUUGAUGAAUCGCAUUUUCAUUUGUGCGAAACGAAGUAGU